GUCAAAGUCCAUGCACGAAUUCGAAGAUGGCGCCUCCAGAGCUUCUCAAAGCGCUGACUGCAUCGCCAACGGAGUUCUAGGAUCCUUGGACAGCACUGGUGUCCAUAGUAGGCGGCUGUUCAACGGGCACGUCUCUGCAGCGGAAUUUCACAAGAAAUUAUCCUGAUCCUUUGAAGAGUCAGUUUGUGGUGCGCAGAGACCCAAUCAGAGAUUGUCCGGGGCCUGCGCAAUCAUACCACCAGUCAAAAGUGUCUCCAAGGUGGGGCUGUUCGGCCACACUGUCUCAAAAGCAUCAAGCCCUUCGUUGUUUAGGCUUCUCCAGACCCUCCAAGAAGGACAGCAUUACUACGACUUGGUCAAGCAAGCGGACAGGAGCGCUGACCAAAUGCAGCUGCAUCUGGUGUUAAACUUUGAGGGGGAGAAGCAUGAGCUGGAGUAUGACACGGAGGACGGUCGAGACAUCCUGGCCUGGCAGCUCUUCUCUCUCACUGGGGUGGGGGUGCAAGAGCAACAGCUCCAUGGACUCUUCAAAAGUGAUACUUCCGAGGAUCUUUGCGAUUCCGUGAAAGACGGGGCUGAGUUCUCGAUGACGAGACUCAAUGCUGAUUCCCAGUUGGGGGCCACGGCUACUGAUUCAACUAUUACCCCUGUCGUGGACUCGGACGAAGAGCUGGCAAGAAAAUUGCAAGAAGAGGAAGAUGCACAAUUGGCACGCGCCAUGGCGCAGCAACUAGGCGCGGAGAGAAGUGGGGGACGGAAUGUUGAGGCUUUUCGGGCCAAAUUGGAGAGCGGCAUCCAGACAGUGAUGCAGUAUGAGGACCCCAGCAAGCAAGACAAGGCGCGGGCGCUCAUUCCAUUGGACGAUUUGGAGGAGAAGGCGGCCGUGGCACUUCUCAGAACCGGAGAAAGCAGCUCUGAGGCGAUGCGGGACGCUCUCUUGGCGGAGCUUUUGCACUGGUUCAAGGCGACGUUCAAGUGGGUCAACGCCCCCGAAUGCGAGAUCUGCGGGGGGGGCACCGUGCUGCAGGGUAUGGUACCCCCUACUCCGGAGGACCUCCGGUUUGGGGCGUCCCGCGUGGAAGGUUAUGCGUGUCAAGUGUGUGGCGCAAGAAACCGCUUUCCCCGCUACAACGAUCCUGGGAAGCUUCUGGAAACGCGACGUGGCCGCUGUGGAGAAUGGGCAAAUGCGUUUACGCUCUGCUGCCGCGCUCUUGGGUACGAGGCACGAUGGGUUUUGGACUGGACCGAUCACGUCUGGACCGAAGUCUACUCCGAAGCUCAGCGGUGCUGGCUACACGCAGACUCCUGCGAAGACCGCUUGGACGCACCCCUUCUUUACGAGUCUGGCUGGGGAAAAAAACUGUCUUACGUCAUCUCCUUCUCGAACCGGGGGGUAACUGACACGACACGGCGCUACACUGCGCGGUGGGCGGAGGUGCUGACGCGGCGCGCUGACGUCACCGAGGACGAUGUCGUCAGGCUGACGUCAGAGUGCACAGCGCGGAUGCGGGGGGGCCUGGGGCGGGCGGAAAGGGAUGCAUUGGAGGAGAGAGAUCGGCGGGAGAGAGAGGAACUGAUGGCGGGGCACAGCCCGUCACCCGAAAGUGCCAACCUCCCGGGUCGGCAAACUGGCUCAGUGGAGUGGCGCGCCGCUCGAGGCGAGCUAGGGGGGGCCGAAACCAGCACCAGCGGCACCCCCUGGGAAGGAGAACGGCCCGCCCGGGACGAACACGUGGCUGCGCUGUGGGCACCGAUCGACGCCAUGUGGGAGGUCGCGAAAACGAACGCCGCGCAGCGGGGGGUGCCCCCGAAUGACGUCAUGUACUCGAAGCUGACGUUGGUGUUGCAGACCGCGAAGGGGUUGAGAGCGUUGCGGUGGAAGGAACGGAAGUUGGAAGUUGCAGAGGGGAAAAGUGUGAACGGGCGAGAGUUGUCGGCCAAGGGGGGGGCGGCGUAUCGGGACGCGUUGACGGCGGGGGGCGGCGGCAAGCUGCUGGAGGCGGUGGGCUUCCGGGUCGAGACAGAUGACGUCAUGCUGAGGUUGCUUCCUUCGUCUCCGCCAGCCCACAUUGCGCGGAAUCUGCCGAUUUCCGUGGACAUAAUAGAGUCCCUACUGGUUCAACUGAAAACCCCGGGCUUCGUUUACGCUUCGGGGCCGCGACUGAGCGGAGGGUUCGUGAGUACCAGCGGAGAAAACGCGCCCAACCAGAUUGCGACCGCCGCGUUUGAGGGAGUAAAGGCUUCCAAAUGGCUGGUACACGGGGGCCACGAAGGAAAGUCGUGGCUGCAGUACCGCUGUCGGCAGCCCGCGGUGCUCUCCCGCUACUCGCUGACGUCAGCGGAGGACUGCCCCGAACGAGACCCCGCCAGCUGGACCCUGGAGGCGUCCUCUGAUGGCGACACGUGGCACGUUCUGGACCACCGGAACGGUGUCCAGUUCUCCGAACGGAACGAGCUGCGCAGCUUCGACGUGCCCGGUGGACCGAACCGAGCGGCCUACACCACUUUCAGAUUUCGAUUCACGAGCGUGCGCGACGCCUCGGCCGGCUGCCUUCAGCUCUCUGGAGUGGACCUCUUUGGAGCCGCCGCACCAGCGGGUCUGCAAAGUUGAAAAAGCCACGGUUCUGUCUGGGAGUGUCUUGGAAGUGCGCCGUAGAUUGCGCCUCACCACAGGAGCUUUGCUAGCGCGCGAAGGAAAAAAACAUUUAAUCACAGGGUGACCUCAAACGCUGAGAUUGGGAAGGACCAUUGAAACAGGACGGGUUGUCAUAGAAAAGCUUGACUCCCAACCAUUUGUACGGUUUGCGCUUCGUAUCCUCAACCCCAAUACCUGGAAUCACUUCAAGUAUUCAGGUGUCGUUGUAAUGCUCAGCUUGGCAAUGAAACGAGGCGAAACUUUCGGCCCUGCAUCACCUUUCCGCACUCCCCUAGAUCUAUCAAAUGUAUGUUCCGCCUGGGAUUUGCAAGUGCACGUCAGUCUAGAACGGAAGUGCGCAGUGGAAAAUUCCCAGUUUUGAACGUAAUCAGAC